AUAGACGCCCUUCUUAUCUUCUCAAUCGGUCCCACCCUAUAGAGAGAUACGUUGUGUUGAACUCGCGUACUUCGUGAGUUCUAAGUAGGAAGUGGCAGGUAUUGAUGCUCUCAAAUGCAUUGACAGAUAUCCUGCAAAGCAUGCCGUAAGCACCUGGCCCAGACUCAAGAGAAACACCAACGAUACAACUUAAUCUUCGCUGAAAGACAACUGCAGUUAGGAAGAUCAAACUCCGACACAUUCUCGGCUCCUGCGCCUUGGAUUUUAGAGUCCUGAAAAUCUAUGACGAUCUUUAGAAUCGUUGAACCCACUUUGAAAUGCUCAUCGCAUAAGCUUGAAGACAAGUGGCGCUUCUACGGAAGAAGUGUGGAAUGGUAGCAUUGAGGAGCAAUCCAGAUUGACUAAUGUGUUUUUUGGCCAGGGAUUGUUGUCUGAAUCGAAGGAUAUUAUGGCGGGAAUUUACGGGAAUAUAUCGCGUCUGGCUUGGUUAAUCGUCUGCGCGUUCCAUAUGAUCUCAUCAGUGCUCACACAAGAUCCCUGCGCUACCAGUCCUUGCCUGAGUGAUGCUACAUGUGUUGCUGUAACUCCCAAUCAGUACUCGUGUGUUUGCCCUGCUGGCUUCACCGGUAGCACAUGCACCCUAGACACACCUUGUUUUCCAAACCCAUGUCAGAAUGGCGCUGGAUGCAUCAAUCGAAUAGACACCUUUCAGUGCGCCUGUUCCCCGGGCUACUCUGGACAGCUCUGUGAGAUCGUUGCUAAUUCUUGUGUUCGAGGACCAUGUAAGAAUGGUGGUGCAUGUAUAGCUGAUGGAGCUGAUUUCGUUUGUAGGUGUGCUUUCGGCUGGAUGGGGGAGACUUGUGAAGAGCCCGAUUCCUGUAACAGCCAGCCGUGUUUGAAUGGCGGUACAUGUAUUACGGCCCUAGGAGGGUUGUUACAUCACUGUCAAUGUCGUACAGGCUUCACUGGUAGUGAAUGUGAAAUUAAUAUGAUCCCCUGCAUCAGCGAUCCUUGCAUGAACGGCGGUGUGUGCCUACAGCCUCAAAAUACCUAUGACUACAGGUGUUUUUGUGAGGGCGAUUUUACCGGAAUCAAUUGCGAGUUCAGAAUAAACCCGUGUUUGAGCAACCCUUGCCAGAACAGAGCUUCGUGUUUUAGUCGACAAGAUAGAACUGGUUAUAUCUGUAACUGUGCCGAUGGAUUUGAAGGGAUUUUCUGCGAAAACCGUACCCCAGCAUGUAGUGUCAAUGCCUGUCAGAAUGGAGCGACUUGUAUGGAAAUUAACGUGAAUACUUACAACUGCACAUGUCCAAAUAACUACUACGGAAGUCGCUGUGAAAUAGCUGGUGCGUGUGUCACUAAUAACGAUUGCAGAAACGGAGCGACCUGUGUUGGAGGACCCAACCCUUCUGAUCAAUCGUGUCUGUGCAGGCCGUAUUACAAUGGUGAACGGUGUGAACUUGAUGAACGCAGUCCAUGUUUGAGUGACCCGUGUAUGAAUAACGGAUCAUGUUAUAGUUCAGAUCCCUCGAGAUUUGUAUGUACAUGCCCUGUUGGAUAUGAAGGCCCACAUUGUGAAACAGAGACGUGUCCUAUAGUUGAGUGUCAGAACGGUGGAUCAUGUGUGGAAUACCAACAGAGUCGAUACUGUGUGUGUGCUGAUGACUGGACGGGUUCAUUCUGUGAGUUAGGCAUUCAAAACUGUGAUCCCAACCCGUGUAAGAAUAAUGCAUUUUGUGCAAAGAUUGGAGGCGAGACCACGUGCUAUUGUCCACGAGGAUUCAGGGGAGAAAGAUGUGAAACCAUGAUCAUCAAUUUCAACAUAUUUAACUCAGCGAAUCACCAACGAUAUGGACUGUAUCUAAUUCUCUCAGGAAUCUUACUGAACUUGGUGGUAUUUUUCUUAUAAACCUUGAUCUAUAAUCGAUAGUCACUGACUGGUUUUAUUUAACUAACUGAAAUUUUAGAAAGAAAUGAAUAAAUUAAUUGAGAUAUUGUUUUUGUUAUGAACUACGAUUAUAUCGACCAAAGUUUGAGCCCCAAAUUGCUAAAGCCCACAAGGCCGAUAGCCCACGAGACCGAUAUUCUAUACAGAAGACCCGGGAUGUAACAUAAUAGGCCUAUUUUUUAAGUUAACUCGACCCAUUGUCUGUAUUUUUUAACCUGCCUCUGGAGCAGUGUUGACAUUGUUCCCACUUAUUGCGACAACCUCUGGAUAGUAACUGAUGUGAAAGUGGCUUAAUGACUAAUGGCAAUUCGAACAAUCCAUACCGGAGUUUCUAAAGGCACAAUAUUCUACUCAUCUCUACACCAUCACGAAUCGAGGAAAGGGUAUCAAGAUUUCGAUCAUUUAAACAAAUGUUUAAUAUAAAAAGAAGAAGCUUUCUAUUCACGUGAGUUUUAUAUAUGAAGCCUAUGAAGAAAUAUAUUCUUAUUUUAAUAUUAAUAAGAGAUAAUUGAUUAUAUUAAUUAUAUACGUGCUUGCGUUUUUUAAUAUUUUACAGUGGUUGAUUGAUUUUUCUACAUAUAUUUUCUAUUCUGAGAGGAAGGUUGUUGGUGAUUGUAAUAUUUUUUUAAAUAAUAAAUUGUUCAUGUAUAUAGCAAUAUUUAUGAGACUUUCAUUGUUAUAAGUUUGAUUAUCCGUUUGUGUUUCUUGAUAUAGGAAAGAUUCUGUAGCAGAAACUGAUCGGAUCGGGCUAAAUUUGAUACCUAUAAUUGUAAUACUUCAUCAUUAGAAAACAAUAAUUUUGGUGCUAUGUUCAUAAGAUUUUUUUCUAUAUCAAUAACUGUUCUCAACAUGAGAAUAAAAAUUUAUGAUAUGGUAUUGAUCUUUACAAAAGAAUAUCCCUUGGUGGCUGUCAAUUGAGUGUUUUUAUCAAAUGUUCUUUAUUAUAGUUGUACAAAAUAAAAGCGUAUAAAGUAUUUUUUGUGAAAUGUAUAAUAAUUCCUUUAAAGUCUUUUCAUUUCUAUAACAAAAUAUUUUUUAUUGUGGUUCUGUAAUGUUUGAGUUUUAAUAACUCUAGUGAUGAAUCAUAUUUCAUGCCUUAUUUUAUGUAUUCUUGAAUUUUUGAAUAAGUGUAGUAGUUCUUUUAACUAACCAAAGUCAUUUCAAUCGCGUUUUGUUUAACAUUUUCAAAAUAACACACAGUGUAAAGAUUAAUAUGUAAUUUCAAGAAAUUACUUAAAACAAUUUAUUAAAAAUAUAUCCAAAUUAAUAUUGAUUAGUUUCGGCCACUUUUAUUUUCUUGCUCCAUCAUACCUUUUUAUUUGGCAAUUUCACAUUUCUCACCUUAUUUUAUUCUACUCUUUUGUAUUAGUAAUUUUAAAUUCUAUAAUUCUAAUCAUUUCACUAAUUUGUAUCAUUUUUCUAUCUAUUUAGGCUUUAUCCUCCUGGGAUCUGUGUUAUAAAAGAGAAAUAAUUUGUAAUUGAUAUCACCAUUAUCUCCUAUCACUAUUUAGUAGAGUUGUGAUUGAUAUAGAUUCCAAUUAUUUGUAGUCAAUCGCGCUCUUUUUGGGGCAGGUUCCUGAUUUUUACCAAACUGGUGAUAAUGUAUGUAAUUUUAAUUGACUUGUGUGAAUGUACAAGUUCCUAAUUUGAAUGAAGAUUGUGAAUAGAUGUAGAUUUUUUAAUCAACGAUGUGUCGAUAUUUUGAUAAAAGAAACUUUAAUCU